AUGCUCCAAGAAGAAGGGAGAGAAGAAGAAGAGGAGGAAGAGGAAGAGGAAGAGGAAGAGGAAGAGGAAGAGGAAGAGGAAGAGGAAGAGGAAGAGGAAGAGGAAGAGGAAGAGGAAGAGGAAGAGGAAGAGGAAGAGGAAGAGGAAGAGGAAGAGGAAGAGGAAGAGGAAGAGGAAGAGGAAGAGGAAGAGGAAGAGGAAGAGGAAGAGGAAGAGGAAGAGGAAGAGGAAGAGGGGGAGGAGGGGGAGGAAGAUGGAGGAGACGAAGUCCUGUGUUGA